AUGGCGAGGUUUCAGGCUAUGAGCCGUGAGAUAUGCGAAAAGACGGCGACCCUCGAACUUAGUGGGAAACGCAUCAAGGAAUGUGAGACUAAGCUCGAACAACAGCGGGGCGAACUGCGAACUCUGAAAAGUGGCCAAAGCACUGUACUGAUGGAGGUUGAUCGCCUUAAGAAAGAGCUGGUGGAGGCCACACGUAAUAGGGAUGAGGAGUAUCAAGCCAACACCAAGCAUAUUAGAGUCGAGGUGGCCAGACAGUUCAGGUAUGGUUGGGUUCAAGGUCAACAGCUUCCUGAGCAUCGGUUUGUGGUGGGCCCAGAUGACUAUGAUGAUGAGUUGGGAUUUGAUCCAGCUGGUUACGAACUAUUUGAGGGUAUGCAUCUUAAAGAUCGUCCUCCUGCGGAUUACAUCCCCUAUCGCAGGACCUCAUCUGGGUCGGUUGGGACCAUUGUCCCUAGUUCUAAAGUUGGAUCGUCUAUUGCCAGUACUGGGCAUGUCCUUGGAUUUAGAACAUCCAUAAUGGGCUCUUUAAACCACCUACUUAGACAAAUUUUAGGGAGGAAUGAGAUGGACCAAUCAAAAAAGAGUUAUAGCAUUUAUGACUCUCCAAAUUAG